ACAGUGUAAAACGCAGCUUACUUUAAAGAAAAUUUAUUUCGUUAUUAUUAAUUUAAAUCCGAUUGCUAAAGUGCAAAUAAAAGAGCUAUUUGUUUACAUAUAUUUCGCUAUACGAGAUGUGUUCAAUACGCAAAAUAACUGGCUUCAUACAAUAUUUUGAAAGUUUUUAAAAUGAUGAAGAUAAAGAAAGAUGAUCAUAAUAUCAUUAGUAACAUUUCUUUGUCAUAGUGUCUCCACCAAUGAUUGUUAGAUGUACGAGUGAUACUUACGUACUUGUUGACAAUGAAAAAAAAGAUAAUGGACACGUUAAUGUUCUUUCUCUUUACGAGUCAAAUGCUGUAUAUUUCCGAAACAGUGACAGUACUACGCGGACCGUCAAGGUCAAGUUAUUCACCAUCCUCCCGAAAAUUAAUAUGCGUCUCAGAGAAUGAUGGCGGCGCUCUAGUGUGGAAUAACAAUUUAAACUGGCAAUAUUACAAGAACAAUAAGCAUAACAAUAACCGAUUUUAUAAUUUAAAUGGAGGAGUUCCAAAUUGCGAGAUAAAUUGCAAAAUGAAUGCAGACGAAGAUUGCUUAAAAUCGUGGAUUGGACAACAGGAUUGGAGUCUCACAAAUUCUCUCAAAACACCCAUGGGGCCGGUAUUUGAUCAGCGAUGGGAAGAAUUUGAAGAAUAUGUAAACUUUGAAGAUAGAUAUGAUUAUAUAAAUGUAAAUCUCGAAAAUGUUACCGCAGCAAUGCUCUCUGUUUCUAUCCGUGGAUCUCGCGACGCGCAUAUAUUGCUUUGUAAUGGUAUGAAUUAUAACAGAGACCCUUGCUACUGGAUUAUAAUAGGUGGUUGGGACAAUACUUUGUCCGUCAUACGAAAAUGCGCUGUAGGAGUGCCUGUAAUUGGCACAUUUCCUCCCCCAAAUUCAAACUGCAGCAAAGCACAAAAAUUUUUCAAGCAUAUGCCGUUGUCUACAACUGAAUGGCGAUCGUUUGUCAUUAUGUGGAACUUUAUAACUCGGAAUGUAUCCGUUUAUGACACUGAUAACGUUAUUAUGACGUACAAGGAUAUGGAAGAACCUGAAUCUUCCAAUAGCGAUUAUCACAUGUAUAUUAGAAGCAAUAGAGAAAUUCUGUUUCGGUUUCAUAUAUACGACUUUCUGCAUACUACUCUUGAAAAUGCAAUUUUAACGAGUCCCAUUAUCUUAGUUGAUGAUGGAACAAUAUGUGUAGAAAUGUUAAUCGGCCUGUGCGCAGAAUGCGAUGCAAACGUAGUGUUACGUGAUUCCAUAAAUUACGAAGCGUUAGAAACGGCAAUCGCAAAAGGUUCAUCGAAGGCGGCUCAUGGCUUGCCCACGUGGCAAUCCGUUAAAAUUCAGAAAAGUCUUUUAACAAAUAAUAUUUACGUGAUAAUCCAAGUGAUUCCUAAGCUCAACACGCCUAGUUCUAAUCCAUUAUGGGCGAUAGCGAAUGUUCGUCGAUGUCCCAUAAAAGACUCAUUAAGAUGGAGUACUAUGAUUGAUAAUGAAGAUUGGGAUAUCUGGGACAAAAAGUAUUUUUGGCCGAAUGCGACAUGUCAAAAAUUGUUUUACAAUAAUCAUAUCGUUGUGAAUUCUAUAUCAGAUGCCAAACCAGACAUGGAAUUAAAUUACGCAGAUUGUUCUAAAGGAAAGAUUGGACCACAAUGUUUGAUAUCUUGCGAAAUUGAUUUAGAAGGCUAUUUUGACUGCAAGGAAACUGCAAUUUGUUAUAAAGAUGGUUGCACAUGUCCUCCAGGAUAUUUGGGAAGCUCUUGUACUAAAUCUUGUGAAUCAUACACGUAUGGCUACAGCUGUAAGAAAAAAUGUGGCGCAUGCCGCGACAGAACUUCAAUUAAUGUACAAGCUCCAUGUAACGAAAUAACUGGACUAUGUUAUAAUGGAUGCCAGAAUUCUUAUGUACCACCUUUAUGCCAAUUAAAAUUAGAUAAUCUGAACGAACCUGUCAUUACCUUCUUAAACAGUACGUGUGUUGAGUCCACUAUUCCUUUUACAUGGAGAAAAGAAUACGAAGAAAUACGUAUUGUUUAUUCUUGCUUUAUAGAUCGAAUGGGACAUGUUAUUUAUCAACCGUCAAUGACGAUAUUUCCCAAUACAACACAAUUGAUAGCAUUUUUUGACCACUUAGUACCCGGUACUACUUAUGAGAUUAAGUGCCUUUUAAGUAUUGCGGGAUCUGUAAUAUAUAGUCCUCAGCAAAGUAUUGAGACGGAUUGCAAUCCGGUUGAAGGUUUUGAUGUGAAGCCUGACGAAACCAGUUUGAGAAUCAAUUGGCAUAAUAAAGACAACCAAUUAUAUCGAUGUCCAACAGAUUGGUAUCGCUUGAUAGUUCGAAAUAUAGAUACUGAUGAGCAAAUUAUUGAUGAACAAGUUACGUAUUUUCCCCGUAAUUUGUCUCAGUUGACACCGUAUACUUUUUUCAAUGUAUCUAUAUUUCAUAAAAAUGACAAGCUAUUUUCCCAGCUGACUCGUACACUUGAGAGCGUCCCAUCCAGAAUACUAGAUCUGCGAGUAAUGAUUUCGUCUAACACACUUACACUGAUUUGGAGACCUCCUGAUCAACCUAAUGGAGAAAUAGUGCAAUAUGAAGUAAUCUUAAAGAUCAAAGAAUAUCACGGUUGCAAAGAUUUAAACUUACCUACACCAGAUAAUCACAUAAUUACUAAAUUUACAAAAAACACAACAAUUACAAUUCCGGAUUUACGUCCGUACGCAUCUUAUAACGUACAGGUGACAGCUCAUAAUUCACGAUAUAACAGCGUGGCUGCAGAGAUAAGCUUUGAUACAAAUAUUUCUGAGAUGCCAAAGGAAGUAUUUAGCCAGCUGAAAGUACAAGGCUGGAAACUAUCGUGGCGUCCACCUGAAGAUUGUACGACGAUUUCGGGACCGAUUAAAGCUAAGAUAAAAAUACGCGGAAUCAGCGAUGCUGUUAAAAAUAGGUUUAAUAUAACCAAAAAUACUGUGUCAUAUUCUUUCGAUUUAAGUAAAAUCAAACCAAAAUUACACGGUAUUGAACGAUACAUGGCAACAAUUUACGUAAUAAGGGAUUACGGAAGCCUAGAAAAUGUCUCCGCUUAUCAAGAGUAUGAAUUUGAAACUCCAGCAACGGCUCCGCCUAGUAUAAUCAAUCUGGAUGUCGUUGAGACUGACACUCGUCAAACACCUGCAAUGAUACAUUUAAGAUGGCAGAGUCCACGUCCACCUCUCAACGGAAAAUUGUAUUAUUAUGAAAUUAAAUCAUGCUUAAAAUUGAAAAAACGAAGUUGUUUCAUUGUUGAUGUUCAAUUGAAUGAGAAUUGUGACUUGUGGGAUGAUUACAUAUGCCGAAGUAUUAAAAAGUUCUCUACAAAUUCAGAAAUUCAAGUUUUGGCGUACAACAUGAAUGUUACUGAACCAAGUCCUUCGGUUUUUGUAACUGAUCAAAUGCUUAGUAAUACAAUGCCAGAUCCACCUGAAAAUUACACCUUCACAAUUAAAAACAAUGGUAUAAUUGAGCUGAACUGGCAUCAUCCUUGGAGGACGGGUGGUCAUCUGCAAUCUUUUCAUAUUUGGAUACAAGAAAUUUCUUCCAAUCUGAGAAGACAGAGACUCGCUUCACGAUCGCCGCGUAAUGAUGUAUACGAAUAUCCAGUGACACGUUACAUGCGUAACUAUAGCGAGCAAUUGUAUUUGUUUCCAUCAACGAAGUAUCAAAUUUACAUUAAAGCUGUGACCGUGGCGAACGUAGCCAGCAAACUCAAGUACGUAGAAAUACAAACGCCUUCGACCAUGAGUUUCGAUGGCGAUCUCGAGGUCAUGGUGGAUAAGUUUUAUUCCACGAUCUCGUUAAACAUACCACCUGUCCUGAACGAUACGUACGACAGUAAGAUGCAUAUCAUAGUUAAAGGUCCUAAUGCCUGCGAGCAACAUUCAGAAGUACCUGAGAGUUUGCGUUCUCAAGCGAACGUAAAAAUGUAUGAUAUCGCUUGGCAAGCUGCUGAGGUCUCGACUAGUGAUUUCGCUGGCAAGUUAUUUACUGUCGGCGACAAUCAGAUUUACGGCGGUGCUAAAAACUGUCCAUUGAAACCUCAAGAGUCAUACGAAAUAUUGAUUAUCGUAACGGAACGGAGUUUGUCCAACAAGUCGAUCAUGCUUGCAAAAUUGAUCAGUAUUGGUGAGAUUCCACCGAAGCAUCACGAAGCGUGGAUCAUACCAAUUAUAUUAUUUCUUCUCGUGGGAGGCGUUGUUUUUUAUUUGUAUCGAAGGAGACAGAAAUCGACUAAACAAUUCAUGCAAGAAGAGAUGAUCCUGUCGCAGAAUAUCGAGAAUUACGAACACGAAACGAAGUGUGUGAUGUCAAAUUCGAAGCAGGAGCUCUCAACUCCUUCCGACAGGCAAUCCUUAUCACGAGCAACCACUCCGGAGGUGCCACUCGUCGUGGAAAAGAAAGACGAGGAGAUAGGAAAAGAAAUGACAUCGUUGACGAAGGUAAAAGAUUUCGAGGAUUAUGUUAGAGAGGCAGUACAGUCGGGACUGCUAGACAAACAAUACGAGACGUUUCCAAGGGGACAAACUCGGCCGUGGGAUUACGGGAAAUUGCCGCAGAACAAAUCUAAAAAUCGAUAUGGAAAUCUCAUAGCAUAUGACGAAACGCGCGUGAUAUUAAAGAAACUUCCGGAUGACGCUUACUCUGAUUAUAUUAAUGCUAAUUACAUCACUGGCUAUAAGAAGGAGAAACGUUAUAUAGCGACGCAAGGACCCAAACCCAAUACAGUUAUUGAUUUCUGGCGCAUGAUUUGGCAAGAAAAUGUUCUUAUUAUUUGCAUGUUGGCAAACGUAAUCGAAAAUGGAAAAACAAAAUGCGAACAAUAUUGGCCGGACAUUGGCAAGAAAAAGAAAUACGGAAACGUUAUUGUGUUAAACGCAAAGCACAACGUUUUUGCUGAUUAUUGCUUCAGAACUUUUCAAGUUACCUAUGGAGAUGAGACUCGAAAGAUCGAACAUUUACAUUACACGGCCUGGCCAGACCACGGUGUACCCUUGUAUACACAUUCCGUAGUCACGUAUCUGAAGAAACUAUUGGCGACGCCACCAGGAAAUGGACCCGUAGUGGUCCAUUGCAGCGCUGGCGUUGGAAGAACCGGAACAAUUAUCCUGUGCGACAUUUGUCUGCAUCGAGCAGCGGCCGAAGGGCUGGUCGAUGUAUUUGCUGAAACGGCAUCCAUCAGGAACGAGAGAGCUAAUAUGGUGGAUAAUAAGCAGCAGUAUCUUUUAGCACACUUGGCACUGGUAGAAUGUUUGCUUUCCAUUCCGACCACGUUACCGUGUAAUGAUCUUUUACCGACCCGAAUCAAGGAGUUAAAGAAACAACUACCGAUUCAACUGCAAAGGCUACAAAACAUUGCGUGGCAGGACGAGGCUCUGAGACAAUUUACAUCUCCACCGUCUUUAUCAGAGCGUAAUCGUGCCAAGAACAGAUUUCCAGAACUGAUUUCAGAUAAAGUCAGCAGAAUAUAUUUGAAAAGAUAUCCGGCAUCAGACGAAGAUAGUGAUUAUCUAUCUGCUGUUUACGUAGAUGGAAUAAGACAUCAGAAUCAGUAUCUAGCCACACAGCUUCCCAUGCCAUCGACGGUUAAUGAUUUCUGGCGAAUGGUCGCGGAGUUUAAAGUGGAACUCAUUCUUAUGCUACAACCACCUGAUCUUCAAGACCCUACUUGCUGUGUGAUUGCUCCUGUGAGCGGCGAGUUUAAACCAACGCCAUACUUGAACAUUACAGCGAAGGAAGUCGUGGAAUUUGAAUAUUAUACGUCACAGAAAUUGCUACUCAUUGACAAUUCCGAAAAACCCUCGAGGGAGCAAUUUGUAACUGUAUUAUGCUUAACGGAGUGGAAACCUGGGAGAAAUCAAUCACCGCCGCCGGUAAUGACGAUGGUGACGUUUUGGCAAGCGCAGAGAAUUGCGAGAGGCGAUGGACCGACUGUCACGCUUUGCCAUGACGGAGUUACUGGAUGCGGGCUUUAUUUAGCAUUGAGUUUCCUUCUGGAACGAAUGGCUGUAGAAAGAGAAUGCGAUGUUUGUUUGGCAGUAAGAGCUGUUAGACGAUCAAGACCAGACUUUGUUCGAUCUUUGGAACAUCUGGAAUUUUUGUACGAUGCCACAGUGACAUAUUUGGAGUAUUUUGAAACUUAUGCAAAUUUUUCAUAAAAUCGAAAUAAAUUAUCAAUUUAAGAUAAUGAAAUUGUAUUAUACACACACAACACAGUAAUAAAAAAAUUAAACAUAUAAUAACUACACAUAUGCAUACAUAUGAAGCUAUAUACAU